AUAAGCAAUUGUGUUUUAUUUCAGAAGGAGUGGUACUGAAAAAGAAAAGCAGCCAUGAACUUAAUACAGCUGUUCCGUUCGGAGGGUUACCCCCUGUAUGUUUUAUGUGUCCUGCUGGCCACCUAUCUGCUGAACCAGUUAGACCGGUACAUCCUGGCCACCACCAGCGCACCCAUGGCACGGGACAUACACUUCGGGGACCAGGUGUGUCUGGAAAACGACACUGUCACCUACACCGGGAACAUCACAUGCAAAUCAGCGGGUUCUGAACCAAGCUGCACCAAUCUGACCAACGCUAAUGGUACGGAGUACUGUCUGUGGGAGUAUAAUGGCAGUGGUGAACAGUACCAGAUCCUGGUGGGACCAGCCUUCACUGUGGUCUACACCAUCACUGGGGUGGUGCUGGGAUUCAUAGCUGACAUCUGGACCAGGAAAUACAUUCUGGUGGUGUGCCUGAUGCUCUGGAGUGGAGUGACCAUACUUACAGGGUUUGCUCAUGAGUACUGGCAGGUCGUGCUGUUGAGAUUUGCCCUGGGGAUAGGUCAGGCAGGCUGCACACCUUUUGCUGCUAGUAUCAUCGCUGACUAUUUCUCAGAGGAAAUGCGAGGCUCUGCCAUGGGGUUUUACAACUGGGGCAUCUACACAGGGUACAGCCUUUCCUAUGCCAUGGGGAACUACAUCACGAAGGCUAACAUCAAUGGACAGGGUUGGAGAUGGGCCUACUUCAUCUCAGGGAUACCAGGUUUUCUAGUUGGCCUGCUGAUUCUGCUGACUGUGAAGGAACCAGAGAGAAGGAAGACGGCUAAGGAGAAGGAGAAGGAUUAUGACCUGUCCCCCCUGAGGAAACUGAUGACCAUCCUUAGAUGCUUCCUCAACCCGUCACUGAUGAUGCUGAUAAUCGCCGGCUCAGUCAGAAAUGCAGCUGGCUAUAUCUGGGGUAACAACACCCAGCUGUUCUUUGACCACUACUACAAGGACUCCAACGUGGGGUUGUGGAUGUCCUGGGUGCCGCUGGUGGGGGGUUCUUGCGGCGUGCUGUUUGGGGGGUUCAUCUCGGACAGGGUGGUGAAACGUGUGGGCCCCCAGGGCAGGAUAUGGGUGUUGGUCAUCAGUCAGUUAUGUGCAGCCCCCUUUGCAGCCCUUGCCCUGUACCUGGAGCCUCCGUACGCCUUCUUGAUGCUCAUUCCCUCCAACAUCAUCGGUGAGAUGUGGGUCGGCGUGACACUGGCUGUCGUGGUAGAGCUCGUGCCGUCCUACAUCCGUACGUCCACCGUUGCCGUGUACCUGUUCAUCAGUACCAACAUCGGGGGGAACUCCCCGCUGCUCGUCACGCCACUGAGGAAAGCGACAAGCUUCAGAACGGCGCUGACCAUCUUGUUCCCGGGGCUGUAUGUGGCAGGUUCCCUGCUGUUUGUGUUGACCUUGCUGGUUCUGCGGAGGGACAUCAAGAAGGUCAAACAGGAGGAGGAGGAGAGACAGCUGUUGUUGAACAAGGGGGAAGGACCAGAGGCUGAGGAGACUUACGGAGCUCAGCGCACAUGAACAGAUAAUACUGAUAGU